GCUACUGCGAGUGUGGAUUUCAAAGUUCCUCUGUUCCUCACCAUUUAUAAUUUUUCACUUUUUGAAGACAGGACAAAAUUUUCUAUAUUUUUGGGUAUCGCCGGAAGAGGAAGUCAUAUUCUUCAAUUAUUUCAUGUUUGAAUUCAAUGUAUCGAAAAUUGGAUCGUUCCACGAUGGUCUCCACUGAAAGGAUGUGAUUUGAUAUGAUAUUCCGUUCGUUUAAUGUUGUGAAAAGAAAACCGUUUGAUUUAAUUGAUUCGAUAUAAAUUUUCGUCCUACGUCUAAAUGAGUAUUGCCGUAAUUAUGCGAGUGCGAAAGUAAAUGAUAUGGGUUUUGACCAUCGUAGUUUUGCAUGGGCGUUGAUAAAGGAGAAACUGUGCAUUACGCAUCGAAAACUAGCCUGCAGUCUUUACAGCACAGGAUAUGUUUUUUCCACAGGCUAAUGAGACGCAGGAUCCUUCUGAUAUGAGUGAUCCUUCGGAAGUUAAUCAACCUCAUCCUGUGUUGUUUGUACAGGGUCCUGGUAGGUAUAUCCAAGUUCCAUACUAUGUUCCCGUACCCACGUCGCACGUUUAUCCCAACUACGCGGUGGAUCCGAACCAGACCCAUUGGUAUCCCGUUCCGCCAUAUGGCAAUACUCCAAUCUUGAACGGCCGACAAUCAGAGAGCGAUGGAACGGAAAGCGAAACGAAUGCGGAAGACGAACGAUCGGGAACGACGUCGUUUCCGCCGCCGGGCGUCGGUUUACCGGCCGGCUCGGCAAUGCAACCGCACCAUUUGUACCAGAUGAUGCCGCCAUUGUCGAAUCACCUGUACGUCGGCAGCAUACCGUCCGGCGUCAGCGUUCAGGGCUACGUGAACUCGCCGAUACCGUAUCCGACUUCGUACGCGACUAGUAUACCGACCGGCGGCGAUCCGAACACGCCGCAACCGCAGCCGAACGUCAAUCGAGGCGGAGGAGGCGGCAGCGGCGGUGGAGGAGCAAGUAGCGGUAGCGGAGGCAGCAGUGGCGGAUCGGCAGGUCGCAACAAUGGUAAGAGCGGCGGCGGUGGUGCGAAAAUGGCGUCCGACAAGCAAGGCGGCGCUAACGAUUGUUCGGUGUCGUAUGCCACGUCGGCGGCCGCAGCAUCGGCCAAUGCACAGCAACCUCCGCCGUCCGCUCUGAACAUGGGUCAAGACUCGAGCGGUAGCGGCGGUGGCGGAAACGAUCUUUCUGCGCCGACGAUGCCGGCGACCAGUAUGGCGAUGACGGGGCCGCCACCGCCGCAUCAUCAGCCCAAUUUCAUGCCGCUGGGAAUGCAGUACAGCUAUCCGUAUUUCUCGCCGACUGGCCCGCCGCAUCCGCCGCCGCACAUGACUUCGGCCCAGCACGCAACCGGCAGCCCCAUAUACAUACCGCAUCCGCCGGCCGUGCCAAUGUACCACCACGCUCCCAUUUACAAUUCCGGACCGGCCGCCGUCUACUCGACCGAUAACGGCAUAUCGCCGCAUUCCACCGUUACCGUGCCCGUAUCCGUAUCGAUGGCUCAUCCGCCGUCCGACUUGCCACCCCCGCAUCAGCAGCACCAUCAACAUCAUCAUCAUCAACAACAACAGCAGCAGCAACAACAACAACAACAUCAACAACAGCCUCCGCACGGGUCGUCUGCGUCGUCUGUGAAUCGCGGCGGCGAAAACGAUAGCUUCAACGUUAAAGAGAACGCCGUGACGCCGUCAAACGAAACCGUAUACAAGAAUUCUAACCUGAUGGCCGAUUCGGCUCCGUUCGAGCCAGAAAAUCAAAAGAACGCGGCUACCGCUAGUUACGCGCAAACGGACGGGUCCGUUCGCAAAGACGUUACCGUAGUAGACAGUUGUACGUUACCAGAGACGGCAGCCAUCAACGAAUCGGUCGCCGUUACGAAUAGUAUAGUGUACGUAUCGGGUUCGCGUACCGCCGACAGCGACACCGUUACCGCCGCAAAGGUUGAUAAUGUUUGCUCGCUGACCAACGAUUUACGCAUUACCGAUUGCAAAGAAACCGGCGUCGGCGCGGAUGACGUGACCGACGACAGUACAGCGGCGGCCGAUAAAAUCGACUGUAACGACGCCGGCAACGUUAGUAAUAUCUCGAGCGCUUGCGAAACCGACGCCAGAUCGAACGACAUUUCGGCCAGUGGCGGCAGCAUCGCGCCCGCAACCAGCUACACGUCGUCUUGCUCCUCGUCGUCGUCUUCUUCGUGCUCGUCGGGCGCCGCAGCACCGGUCUCGUGGAACGCAUCCAACACGGCGGUAGUUACCAACAGCGAGCACCACUUGAACGGUAAAACCAAUUCGUCACCAGAUACCGCUUCUUCUUCUUCUUCUUCCGGAUACGAUCUGUCUGCCGUGAGAAGUACGCCUUCUUCUUCGGACGCCGCUGCUAAAAGCAACCAAAUUAUCGAAGAACAAGCGCCGCCGCCGCCACCGCCUGCGGUCGUGCAAAGCAACUGUAAAAAAUCGUGGGCGUCGUUAUUCAAGGAAGGCCCGUCCGCCACGAAAUCGAAAGUUUCGUCGAUAUCGCACCCGCCUACCGGGUCGUCGACGUCGUCGUCGUCGUCCUCGCUAUCGGCCACCGGCGCAGCUCUACGAAAUUCUUCCGGCGAACACUUUACCGGCGCGGCAGCCAAGUCGAUGGCCGCGCAUCACCACGCUAUCGAAAACACGUCGAGUAAAUCUUCAUCGUCCGGCAAUUCAUCGCUCAACGGUAUGCCUUCUUCGAUGUCGUCCUCUCACAGAGGCAAACCUUCUGGCUACAAGUUGUCUUCACCUUCGCUCGCCGACGACACGGUGCUUCCGAAAAUCGGAGAAUUGCUGAAAAAUUACAAAUUGGAUCACAGAGCGGUCAACAUCGAACCUCGCGGAUUAGAAAAUAAAAGCAAUUAUUGCUACAUAAACGCGAUUCUUCAAGCGUUACUCGCCUGCCCGCCGUUUUACAAUUUGAUGAAAUUCAUAUCUCAUAAUUUACACCAUCACAAAACGAAAGCAGCUACCAAACAACACUUACCGAUUAUCGAUAGCAUGGUUCAGUUCGUCGAAGAGUUUAAACUAGUACCACAAAAAGCACGUCGCGACAAGACGCGAAAAUUGGACUCGGCGCCCCAAGAAAUCGUACCCGGCAAACCAUUCGAACCGAGCUACAUGUACAACAUGCUAUCGGUAAUACAGAACAAUUCCUCCUUCGUUAUGGGUCAACAAGAAGACGCUCAAGAAUUUUUAACGUGCCUUUUGAACGGCCUCAACGAUGAAAUGGUCGAGUUAAUCCAAUUAGCCGAUGGCACCAAUAGCGGCACGAAUCACGCUCGAAAAUCACAGCUCGCUGCCAAAACGUUGCCCGUCAGCAAAAACAAUAAGAAAAUCAGCAACGGCGAUAUAGCUUCCGAUAUCGGCAUGCCGGAUGACAGCGAUUCCGAAUGGAAGCAAGUGCAUCCUAAAAUCAAACCGCAUCGUCCGAACGUGGCUUUAACGCGUACACCGCUGUCGGAUAUAUUCAGAGGACAAAUGCGUUCGGUGUUGGCUAAAACCGGCGAUCCGUGUACCAGCACUUUCGAACCGUUUUUCACCCUUCAUUUGAAUAUCGAGAAAGUCAGUUCGGUAAAACAGGCGCUCGAACUGCUGCCCGGACGCGAUAAUCUAGAAGGCGUCACCUCGUCCAGAACUAAUCAAGAAGUGGACGCGUAUCAACAGCAGUAUCUGGAAGAACUGCCGUACGUGUUGCUUUUGCAUUUGAAAUAUUUCGAUUACAAACACCACACGUGCAGAAAGAUAAAGAAGAGCGUCGAAUUUCCAAUCGAUCUUAAGCUGGAUAUGAAAUUGAUUUCGACGCAGUCGCCUUCUCAUCCGAAAACCGCGCCCAGCAAAAGCCGACAAUACAAAUUAUUCGCGGUCGUCUAUCACGACGGUAACGAAGCGACCAAAGGCCAUUAUAUCACGGACGUGUUUCACAUCGGUUACGGCGGCUGGGUACGCUACGACGACGCCAGAGUGUGGACAGUUUCGGAGAACGACGUUUUGAGACCGGAUUUACCUCGAGUGCCUUAUUUGUUGUACUACCGUAGGUGCGACACGAUCGCCGCCCUAAUGCAGCCUCCUUUUGAAAAAAGGAUGUGAUCGGCAGAUGAAUGAACCCUUCACCAGUGCCUUGUAAUUUGUGAAUUGUGUACUUAAGCGAGUUUGAUAACGUGCCGGCACCUGUAAGCGUGUUUUCGCAGUCGUCGUCGUCGCCUCUUCUUGUCGUUUAAAGACGUAUGUUUCUCCCACGCUGCGCGUACUGUAUGUUGUGUAGUUCGUUCUUUCGUUAUUGUAUUUUCAUCCGUAUUCGGAAAAUUUGUCGCGUUUUUACCGAAUGGAAAUUUAUUUUUGCUGUACUUAAUAAUGGAUCCAACUCACUUUUAUACAUCCCCUCUCUUCUUGUGUAUCGUGUUUUUUUUUCUCUUUUCUGUACAUUAAUAUUAUUAACUAUUUUUUUUCCUUUUUUUUUCUUUGCCCCCCUCGUGUAUAUAGAGUCAUUUAGUAAGCGAAAUUUAUAUCGAUUUAUCAAUUACUUUACCAAUGAUUAUUAUUUUUAUUUUUUUUUGUAUAAUGUUGUAUAUAAAAAUUUGUAGGGAAAAUUAGUUUUUGAAUGUUUGCGAAUGUAUCUUGAUUUUUUACCCGAUUUAAUCGCUUUAUUUGAAUAUUAUUCUGUGGGAAUGUUAAAUAUUAUUGUUCAUGUUUUGGUGCCCCUCUUUACGGGGGGGUAUUAAAUUAUUUUAUAUCUUAUUAAUUACGCGUGAGGUGUUUUUGAAAUUUUACUUGUUCGUCUAUUCGAAAAAAUAUUAUGUAGAUUUAUUAUAUGUGUACUAAAUUUGAAAUUUCUUUUCAAAAUCUCCCAAAAUCGUUUCUUACUUAUUCAACGUAUCCGAAACUAUCGCUUUUGCCUGGUUUAAUGUCGAAUAUUUUUUUUUUGUUACAUUUUUGUUGAUGCAUUUUUUUGUUUAUUGUUUUGUUUGUUUGUUUGUUUGUUGAUCUUCCCUUUUUUUUUGUUUUUUUUUCUCUUUUUUUUCGUUCUUUCGUAAAUUUUAUGACAAAACCGCAACGAGUGUCUGUAUUUUAUCCGCGUACGCGAAACUACAUAUAUUUGUAUUAUACAUUCGAUGUAUGUAUAUUUAGGAUUGGUUGGUAAGCGGUAAACCUACAUCGAUAGAGUGCUAAAUAAAUUUAAUAUUCGUGCCGCGUUAAAUGCGAUAGUUGACGAAAAAAAUGAAAAUGAAGUAACGAAGUCGAACGAGACAUUGAUUUUCGUGUUUUCUCCGAUGUUAAACAUUUUUGCCAUGUAAAUAUAGAUCAGUAUACGUUCGUGUGUUUUUUUUUUUUUUUUUUUAAUAAGUAAUGUUUUUCAUUUUUUAUUGUACGUAUUUAAUUAUUUUUCGAUAGGAAUUUAUCGUCGGCUGUUAUACAACAAUACCGAUUUAAUGACGUUGAUUAUGCCAGAACGGGUUUUUAACAUCUUCGCUGUUAUUAUUUUGUUCUUUUCUUUUCAUUUUCUUUUUUUUUCCUUUGUUUUUUUUUUUUGUUCGGUUUAAGAAUUGAUUGCGAUUUGAUUUUUAUAUAACGAUAUGUAUUUUUAUUUUGUUUUAUUUUUAUCAUUAUUCUUUUUUCUUUUGAAAUUUUAUUUUUCGUGAUUUUUUCGUGUAAUUACCAUUAUAUUUUAAGGAAAAAGACUUUUGAAACCUUCGAUACCUACGCGAACGUGUGUGUUUUCGACGUUACGUUAAAUUUCUAACGAUAUUAAGUUUAAUUGGUUCUAGUAACCGAUAAAAAAUAUAUUAUUGAAAUAUGUAUUACGACGUGAUAGACGAACAAGUUACGUAUAGUCUAAUACCUGUAUUGUGUAAUUAUGUUUUUUUUUUCUUCUUUUUCUUUUUGUAUGCGACGAAAAUUUGCGAAGUUGUUUAAAAUUACUUUUUUGUAACACAGUCUCUCGGAACUCGGCAGUUUCCGUUUGUCGUUUAGUCUCGUAAAACUCGUCGAAUUUUUGCAUUCGAGCGAUUUUUGUUAUAUUCGGUUUCGUUUUCUUUUCUUAUUACCAGUUUCGUGUGUGUGCCGAACGACGAAUUGAAAUUGAAGAGAACCUCUCGUCGAUUUAGUCUUCAAAAUUCGGUGUAUUUUUUUUUUAUUCGUGUAUUCUCACUUUUUUUUUAACGAUUACGAUUAUGAUUAUUAUUACUAUUACUAUUAUUAUUACUACUACGAGCGUUUAUUUAGUAUUUUUUUUUUUUGUUUUUUUGUUAACCGUCUUCACAUUCCUGGCACAUCCUUCCCUUCCCCCUCUUUUUUUUUAUCGACGAAGCCGGUUUAUUAAGCCAUUUUUUUUUCAAAGGUGUUCUGGUUGAAUUAAUAAUAUUAUGUAAUUAGGACGUUCGAAAACGAAUUAAUUUUUUUUGUUUAGUUUUAUAACUAUAAUCAGUUGACAAAGUUGAACCCGAUGUACGACACCAAGUUGCACUUGUACGCUUAAAAUACGUUAUUCCUAAAAAAAAAUUCCUAACGGUUAAACAUAUAUGCGAGGUGUAUUCAUGUUUUUAAUAAAAAUGAUACCUAAUCGUAGACGACACUGUUGUUGUUGUUGUUGAUACGAAUAAUCUAGCGUUGUUUUAACGAUGAAAAAAAAUGUAUUAUAUCGGACUAAGGUACAUGUAUAAUUUUUUUUUUCAUUCAAUUUUUUUUUUCUAAUAAUUGGUUUCUGCGGCGACAGGCCAAAAAUUAUUCAAGUAAAAAGUGAUACUUAGAUUUAGUUUUAUUCUCUGUUGUUUUCAAAACAUAAUAUUUAAUGUUUGCAGUUUAUAUCGUGUAUAAAUUAUUAUUGUAUGUGGGUACGCGUGUGAAUGUUAACGCUUUUUAUAAUAAACAAAGCCUUCUGUUAUUUAACUGUUAUACAAAAUUAGUAGGUAAUACAUUUCUUGGAUUUUUUUUUUUCGUAUUUAAUCACUUCUACUAUAAUUAAGUUAAUGGAAAUAUUGUAGUUCGUAUUUAUUUUAAUUACAAGUUAUUUGUUUUUCGUUUUUCCUCUCUUUUUUAAAUGUAAUUAUCGGUUUAUAAACAAUAUAUCGUUUUAAUAAUUAUUAAGAGCUGUUACGCUGUAAAACGAAAGCAAAAAAGUAAAUAAUAUAAAAUUUGUAUAAAUUUGAAAACAAAAAAAAAAAAAGGUUAACAAAAUGAGCUUUUAAUAUUAUAUGAAAUAGUGUAAUGUUUACAAACAGUGAUUGUUUGCAUCUUACGGAAUAUUAUAUAUAUGUUAAAAGAACCAGUUGAAAAGUUGAAGUAUUGUUAUUCAUGCUACUUUUAUUUAUUCGUGUAUUAUUACAGUUACUACAAAAUAAAAUUUUUACUAUUUAAAAUGGGUA